AUGGCAGCGGACGACCCCCUCCGCAAUGAGCCUCUAGUUUCCGUUGAAUUCGAGGUCUUUGGCAAGGUGCAGGGUAAGAGUGCAGUUUUGUCGGUCAGAAGGUCGACGAGUAUUCAAUUAAUGUCGUUCUACUUAAGAUCGGACUUACGGUAGCGGACACGUUCCUCGCGUUGCUUUUGCACGAAUUACAAGCACCGUGGCUUGGGAUUAAGAAUCAGAAGGUCGAAAGAGAUGUGCCUUCGAUUCGCAGUGAUAUGUCAGAUAAUUGUAAGAUAACAGACGCUGGAACAACGGAUGAUUAAACACGGAGAAUGGAAUAACAUCGCGAGAGAAGGAAAUGGUGAAAUGUUUUUCAUAUCCUUUUGUUCGAUUAGACAAACUGACAAACAGAGUUUGAGACAUUUCCAAGGCGACACUGUUUGACUCGUUAUUCUGCCGCUAACGUUCUCGAGGAAGUUCAAGGCUGUACCUAGAUUCUUGUAAAAUUUGACUCGUCAGUGCCCAAUUCGGUUUGAAUUGAAUAAUUGUCGACGAGACAUCGACGAAUGAAAAGCAUGAGAGGCAUGAAUGGAACGACAGCUAUAAUAAAGCUUUGAAGUAAUCUAAUUUGUUUCUCGUAUUUCCUUCAUUUCGUGCUGCCGUGCUGUUCAAUUCGACCAUCAUUUCGAUUGCAAUCGACCGCAGAUUUAAUCGCAGAUUGUGCACGAUUUUUGCACAGGUGUCUACUUCCCGAAAUACGUGAGAGACAUAUGUCAGGAACUGGGAAUCUGCGGUUGGGUGAAGAACACCAAGUCCGGCACGAUACUUGGAAAAAUGCAGGGACCACGUGCGCUCGUCGAUCAAAUGACACAAUGGCUAACAAAUGUUGGAAGUCCAGGUAGUGAGAUUGAUCGUUGCGAAUUUUCAAAUUGGGAAGGCAUUAGUAGGCUGCAAUAUAAAGGAUUUGCUAUACGUUUUUAAUUAAACUAUUUCUCUUUAAUGUUACAUUUCUUCGAAAAUCGAUAAGAUUUGUCUUAAAAACGCGACAAAUAAUCCAGUAUAUUUUUUGAUCAGUUAAAUGAUUUCUAUAAACAAUAGUAUAUGUAAAUUAUUUAAAUAAUCGUAAGAUGUAAUAAAUAAGGAAAUUGAACAUCUUAAUAUCUAUUCAUUUUUAAUGAAAAGCGAAGUAAGUAACAAAACAUAGAGUUAUAGAAUAUUUUUUCUUUAAUUCAGUAUAUGUGA